AUGUUGAACCGGUGUGUUCCUUUAUCAUUACGUAAUUCAGUUGGUUUGAUUGUUGCUCGUCAUUUAUCAUUAAGUGCGAGCGUUGCCCAACAAUCGAAACAACAACAACAAGUUACUGAUCCAAUUCAGCAAUUGUUCGUUAAUAAAAUUCGUGAAUAUAAUGAAAAACGAAAACAAACAAAAGAUGGUCUUGUUGAUGCUACACCUGAAGUACGCAAAAGUCUUCAAGAUCAACUUACUAAAUUAAAAAAUGCAUAUGGUGCUGAAGCUGAAGACCUUCUUUCAGUACCAAAACUUGAUUUCAAAGACCCUCAAAUCGAUGUUUCUAUUGAAAAACAAGCUAAAGAAAUCAUCAAGAAGGAAAUGAAAGUAACACCAGACGAUAUUAAAAAAUACACAGGUCCAUAUGGUUCAUGGUCACCAGAAUAUUUAGCUAAGAAAAACGCCGAAGUUGCCGAAGAACGAAAAAAACAUGAUCAAAGAUCAUCUGGUGUUUUACCUGGAUAA